GACAAUGGCCUGGUCACGCGAUAGGGGCUCGGUCGCCUUUGGAACUUCACGUGACUUAAAACUGACAAAGUACCUUUUCCAUAAUGUAGUGGCUGUGCUAGCUGCGUGCACAAUUAAUCGCCAUGAAGGUCGUUACCACCUUUCACCCGGCUUCAUCUGUGGUAGAUUCACUCAAAUUUAGGUUGAAGGAUGAGCAGCCCUCGGAGUUUCUUGUCGUCGCAAAGCCAAAUAGGCUUGACAUCUAUGCCCUGCUUCCAGAAGGGCUCCGUCAUCAACAGGGUAUUGACAUCUGGGGAAGAAUCAGAAUUAUCAGAGCUGUGCCGGUCUUGAGCAGAAGCAGUAUCAGCCUGCUCGUGCUUACCGAUCACCCGGAGCCAGAGCUUAUAUUCCUGUCUUUUACCGUGAAUGGUGCAGGAUCGACGGAGAUCAAUCCUACAAAAUAUCUCUCAUUGUCGGAACGCAGUGCUCGGCCAGCAGAGUUCUGCCACACUCUUCUAGUUGAUCCGUCAGGGGGCGUGGCUGUCGUGAGCGCUUACACAGGCAAGCUCAAGGUCGUGGUGCUUGACCAAAACGGAGGAUAUGACCGUGACUUUGAUGCAUCAAUUUCUGAGCUCAACCUUCUGGACAUCACUUUUGUAUCAACAUCUCGGGAUAUGUAUACCUUGGCCAUGAUGCACAUCGACUACCAACAACGCCUCCAGCUUCUUACUCGUGACCUUUCCAUUGAGGACCUCCAGCUUUCCCCAUCCCCAUCACCACUCCUACCUUCGCUCCCUGUCCCAGGUAAACUGUUUAGUACGGCCAUGGAUGAUGACGGAACCCCUACUAUCAUACAUAUUCCCUCCUACAAGGGAGAUGAUGAUGAUUUUGAAGGAGGUAUCCUUAUUAUCGGAGGGCGUAAGAUCAUGCUGUAUGAUUUUGUGGACAUCGAAACACGGGCGAAGAGGGAGAGCAAGAAGAAACGUGCAGAUAAGAAGAAGACCACUGGAGAUGCAGAAGUAAAUACUAAAGAGAAGGCGAGUGAGUGGAAGAAGAGGAAAGCUAGAGCUGCGGUGGAAUGGCCAUGGGCAGAAGUCACUGCAUGGUGUCAUGUAGACGACCGGAAGUACUUGAUUGGGGACCGGUAUGGAAAGCUCGCGUUGCUUUCGUUAAACCUUAUGGGAGGCACGACGCUGACACUGAUGGCACUCGGAGAGACAUUACCACUACCCCCAUCUUCUGCGCUCGAUGCCCCUACAUUGCCUGUUCCAUCCACGAUAUCGACUAUCAGCCCAAACGCGCUCAACUCUGUGAGCAUGGGUAGAAAGGACGAUGUACCGGGUUAUAUCGUUGUUGGAAUGGGGAGUUACGUCACCGAGCUGGAGUCCUUCAACAACCUCGCUCCGAUACUUGACGCUGUGUUGAUUGACACGGAUGGUACUGGACAGAACGAAAUUGUAACAUGCUCAGGUGGCAGAAAUACAGGGAGCAUCAAAGUCAUACGAAGUGGCGCUGACUUUUCAGAGAAAGCGACAGUUCAGGGACUCGGGAAUAUCACCAAUAUAUGGCCAUUAAAAGAGAAAUACCGUGACCCCGAUUAUGCCCACAUCGCAGUCUCAACUCUGCAGAAAACGCACGUUUUUCGUGUUGACAACGCUUCAUCGAUCUCCAGCAUCGACGGUGACAAGAACGUUGGUUUUAUCACCGAUUUACCUACCCUCAUGGUCUCAAAUAUCCUUCGGCGCACGCGCAACGCGGAAAACAAGUCCGACUAUGCGGACUCUGCAUUUGUUGUACAAGUUGUUUCGAAGGGCCUGUUAUUACUUGAGUACGACCCUGGCCUGCAACAGUACACGAGAAUUGGUGAACCAUGGACCUUGGAAAUGUUCGCGGAUCCCGGUAAGGAGGGGUUGUGGAAGGGGCGAGAGGUCGUGGCUGCGAGUGUCAACGCCAGCCAGAUUGUGCUUGCACUCAACUGGGGGAGGGUGGUGCUGCUGACUCUGGACGACAAGCGAUUUAUCAAGCUGAGGGACCGCAAUUUUGUGCACAACAACCGCGAUGCGGAGAUUUCCGCAGUUUCGUGUCUUCCGCAGGAUCCAACCAAGGAUUUCGCGUUUAAUAUCGUGGUCGGAUUCUGGACAUCUAAACACGUCGAGAUACUCUCACUGAAACCUGCAGAUGGAACCAUGCCAACAAUUUCAACAACCCCUGUACUCUCCUCCGCACCCCGCUCACUCCUGUUGCACAAUUUCACAUCUGAUGACUUUAAGUUGUCAAAUACACACCCACAUUUACUCAUCGGGCUCACGGAUGGUUCCGUCGCGUCAUUUGUGUAUCGAAAUGAUCAACUGCUUGACCAGAAAUUGGUCUCUAUUGGAAGUUUGCCUGUAACAAUGCGUUUGUGUCGGAUCGGUACGAGACAAACCGUGCUUGCAUGUGGAAGCCGGACGGCAAUCUUAUUCUGGGAGAAAGAGAGGCUGAUGUAUUCGCCGCUUAUACUUAAGGAUGUGGCAGCCGCCGCGGAAUUGAGUACAAGGGCUUACCCAUCGUCUAUAGUCCUCGCUAAUUCCGAUGGCCUGGUCUUCGGGAACGUGAAUAACUUCGAUAAAUUGCACAUUCGUUCUAUACCUCUCGGCCUCAACAAUCCCUUACGCGUUACGCAUAUCCCGGCGCUUAGAGUUUUUGCCGUCGCAUGUCGUUGCAUAAUCCCGGCCCGCAUUGGAGACUUGGAGGAGAUCAGGGGCUCCAUACAAGUAUUUGACGACAUAUCGUUCAAUAAGCUCGGGCAUUUCAAUCUGGAGCAAGGCGAGGAGUCGACGUCGCUGUUGUCCUUCACAACAGAUUCCGGAUCGUAUUUAUGUGUUGCAGCGGUGACACUCGAAGAUGAAGACACGGAAGCCUCCAAGGGACGCAUUUUUGUUUUGGAAAUGACGUCGAAUGCAAUGCAGGUAAACAUGUCUGUCGUAACCUCGCAUGACGUCAAGGGAUGCCCCUACGCUUUGACUUCCGUGAAUUCUAUGAUCGCUGCGGCAGUCAAUAGCAUGGUCAUUCUCUUCAAGAUAGAUACAACGAGUGGAAAUAUGAUAAUGGCGAGGAUAACAACCUGGAACCACAACUAUCUGGUGACAAGUCUUGUGUCUCGCGGCGACAUCAUUCUGUUAGGCGACGCAAUCAGCUCAAUCUCGAUGUUGCGGCUCGAGGACAACCGACUGCACUUGAUUGCCAGAGACUAUGGCACACUAUGGCCCACCUGUGUCGAGCUCACGAGCAACUCCACCCUGAUUGGUGCAAAUAGUGAAUACAACCUUUUUACUUUCAGUCUCCAGAACUCGGGCACGCGGCAGCUCCUGGAGAGAGACGGCAAUUACUUCCUUGGAGACUUGGUGAACAAGUUCCUGCCUGGGACACUGUCAUCCCAGGAGGUUUCGCUAGACACGCCAAUGCAACCCCAACAAUUGUUCUUCACGUCUACCGGGCUUAUCGGUGUGAUCAUUGAUCUUGCUGACGAUCUUGCUUUGGACCUCACCGGCCUUCAACGCAACUUGUCCAACUACAUCCAGAAACAGGAAGGGCCGAAUCACACGAAGUACCGCACGCCAAAGAAUGCACGCGGUCGCAGCGACGCGGAUGCAUCGUCCUUCGGGUUCCUCGAUGGUGAUUUCCUUGAGCGUUUCUUGCAAUUUGUAGGAAAGCCCCAGGCGCUCAAGCGGAUUAUGGAUGGACAGAGCGAGCCCGAAAGACUCACGAUAUCGGCAGACAGGAUUCAGAAGGUGCUUGAGAGCAUGCAAAGCAUGCAUUGAUCGAGUGAGGGGGAUUAUAUGGAGUUGCAACUUGAUCACUCUAAACCAACUCUAAAUUUCAUU